AUGGCAAUUAUCACUUACGCCCCAACCGAAAAGAUCGAUAGUUUCGUCACUAUCGCUCAUUUCACAAUCGCUCUUGUUACGCCUUCGGGCAAUCUAUUGCGUGCGCUCUUGCUCACAUUCAACGAGUUUUCGCUCCUUUGCCAUGGAGACGAGCGCGCAUCCUAUGCAGGCGAUAUCACGGUCUACGGAGGUCCCAUUCUCUAUCUUUUGGUCCAGUCUCUUCUCCUUCUUGGGUUCUUGGUCUACUAUGAUAGCGGUUAUAGACCUGCUUUCCUCAGCAGGAAGGUACGUGUCAAAUGUCAACCUAAUUUUCAGAGAAGUAUGGAUACUAACUGUACCUUACAGGCUCGAUCUCAAGAUGCAGAAGAGAGUGAAUACGCCGACGAGGAUGUCUAUCGUGAGGCCGUUCGCGUCAAUGAUUGCAAGGAUGAGUUGCGUGUAUGCAACAUCAGCAAAUCUUAUGGAGACAACCUUGCAGUUGACCGAGUGGCCUUCGGUGUGCCACGAGGUGAGAUAUUUGCACUACUUGGUCCUAAUGGAGCUGGAAAGUCGACCAGUAUUGGCCUUAUUCGAGGUGAUGUUGCUCCUAGUGGUGGAGAUGUCUUCCUCGAAAAUGAGUCUAUCGUCAAGCAACGUGCUGCCGCCCGUCUGCACCAAGGCGUAUGCCCUCAAUUCGACGCGAUGGACUCGAUGACAUCAUUGGAACACCUGCAUUUCUAUGCCAGAGCUCGUGGUGUCACUGAUGUUGAGCACAAUGUGGAGCAGGUAUGUCGGGACCCUACAGCUACUGCGGUAUGCCGUCAAUUGCUCAAGAAACGUGCUAACGAACCACAGGUAAUGAACGCCGUGGGCCUCAGUGCCUUCAGAAACCGUAUGGCAUCCAAACUGUCCGGUGGCAACAAGCGUAAACUCUCCCUUGGUAUUGCCCUAAUCGGUAAUCCCUCGGUACUCCUUGUCGACGAAGGAAGCUCUGGUAUGGACGCUGGCGCAAAGAGAAUCAUGUGGCGCACUCUGUCCGCAGUAAGCUCUGGCCGUAGUUUGGUCUUGACCACCCACAGUCUAGAAGAAGCCGAUGCCCUAGGUGACCGCGUUGGUAUCAUGGCCAGACGUAUGCUCGCUAUAGGUACCAGCGACUCCCUACGCCGCAAACACGGCGAUGCCUACUACGUACACCUUGUCCACAAAGACGCUCCACACACCUCUGAUGCCAAACUCGCCGAAAUCAAGAAUUGGAUCAGAAUCAACUUCCCUCUGGCAACCAUCGAAGAUCGAUCCUUCCAUGGUCAGAUCCGCUUCGAGGUGCCAAACCGAGUAGCAUCGAUCACAGACGACACAAGCAGUUCUAUGGACGACAAGAAAGGUGCCAAAGCGUCUGUUACACCAACGGAUCGCAAUGGCAUCAGUUCACUGUUUGAGAAACUAGAGACGAGCAAGGAUGAGUUGGGUAUGGAAUUCUACGCUGUUUCGCAGGCCACUCUUGACCAGGUCUUCCUCAACAUCGUUGGAAAGCACAAUGUUCAAGAGGAGGAUUAUCAAAAGGCCAGGAUAGCAACAGGGGCUUGGGGCAAGACUAAGGCCUGGCUAAGGAAGACAGCACACGACGCCUAG